GUCCGGGCAUCGCUACAGAUGUUGCAUGCGUCAGGCAACUGACGAGUUCACUCCUGGAUAUGGGUGCCUCUUCACAGUCGGUUUUCAAUCCGCGGGAUCCACGACAAAACACAAAUCCCAAUUACCCAAUGGAGCUAUUUCUUCGCUCCGAGUCUCGACUUUCUCCAUUGGACUCCCAGCUGCAGACACGUGAGACUCUAAGCUUCCCGAGAAGGUCUUUACGCAAGGCACGGUCUGGGCUGUUAGCUCUAGGAGCAGGGCUAUUCAAUCGUUCAUCUCGACAACACAGUGAUACUCUUGAGAACCCGGCCCAAUCGCUCCCAAAGGAGGACCACGUUGAACGACGCUCCUAUGGGUACUCCAACAUCUCGAGCACUACCCAAGAGGAUCCAAGUUUUGGUACUGAUAUUUAUCGACAUGGCCGAGCUCAACCACGAACCCUGGAUGACGACAAUGGCGAUAUCAUUGCGCAAGCUUCUUCGUCCCAUCCUCUGAAGAAUACCAUGUCUGCACCACAGCCUACGACGAGCUCCUGUGACCUUGUCGAUGAUUUGCAACCCGCGCUAGAACAAACUGUGAGUACGCCUGCCGAUCUGCCAUUCGGAUGCGAUUCAUACCAGUAUGGCAUCGUGAUGUCUCAUCUUCCAACCGAGAAGAGGUGUACAGAACAACAUUCCUCGACAGUCGAAAAUAUACACCAGAAUUUUGCUGAUUGCUUGGCUCCCUCUUUCACCUCGAAAGAUCGGUGCACAGCAGCUUCGAUGUCUCGCAGCUCUUCAUACGAUGAAGAUUUAGGUGGAAAAAAUUUGUUGUGUUACGAACAAAACGAGACUUCAGAGCAGGAGAAGCGCUCUUUGAAGGCUGACUUGAAUCAUGGAGAGGGUAUAUGCAAGAAGAUAGACGAGCUGAGAUACCUCAGUGAAACGCGAAAUAAUCUAUCUUUGGGGAUGGAGCAAAAGCACACGGACUCUAAGGAGUCGUUGGAAUUGCCAGAUUACAGUACUCCGAGUAUUGCAAGCUCAGUGACACCCCGUCGACGAGAAUCCAUCAUUAUCAGGCCAGAAUUUCAACUCACACAAGAAAGACUGCUGCUGGGUGAUGAUUCACUAGAAUCUCAGGCCAGGGUAUCUCCUGUCUCGGAGUCCAGGAAGUGCUCUGCCGACGUGAGGAUUGCUUUCCCCGGAUUGUACCACGAACUACUGGAGCAGUGGGUGAGAGAGACCAAAGCGAGCCCCGUGAAUUACCCCGGAUUCCCCGGAACUGAGAGUGAGUGUACUUUGAAGACUACGCACCUGCCUUCUCUUUCCUUGACCACCUCUCCAGGCCACAACUCAGACAACCAACCAUACCAUCCCACAGAACUACCCUGGAGCCUCGAUACUCAUAUUGCUUGCGGACUGGUCAACGUUUUUAGCAAUUUUAAAAAAGAGAACAACUUGAGCCCUUUCACCUCCCGCCUCCGUCCCCGUGUUGUGGCGGUCCAUUCAGUGCAAGACUCUAUCAGCUUGCCUCACACCAUGGAUGACUACACUCGGCAAAACGAUACUCAAACCACUCGCUCUCACGAGAGACAGUCUGAUCGGCGUCGCCACUCCUUUGGUAUUCAUAUUUCCGAGAGAAAUGAGCCUGCCUCGAGACACUCUACCAACCAACCAAGCCAUCACGAGAUCCUGCGACGUUCCUACGAGGAUCAAGAGCGUCCUGUCCAUAAUCCUCACUCCAUUUCGCCGCCAUUCAUUUGGGGGGCUGCCGACUCUCAGUGCGAAGACUCGGAGUUCUCCACCAGUUACACCCAGGACAGCAGCGCUGUCAAUUCUGCAAACUACACCUCGCCCACCUCUGUCUCAUCUGCUCCAUGGUCACCGCUCGAUUCUCCCAUCGAUGAGGAAGUUCUCUUCAGAGCCUCUCACAGAAAUGAGUACUACAUGGCGGACGGCAAGCAUAGCAGUUACUAUCCAGACAGUGGUGAUCUCCAGAUCAAGGGACAACAUGUUGGUGGUGACGGACCUACUUACCAUGCCCCUCGUGGUGAUGGGGACGCACACAACAGACUACGCCUGACGCUAGGGAGUCUAAAUACCCCAAUGCGUCGGUCUUUUCGGCCAGAUAUCCAGAGAAACGAGCAGCAGGAGGGAAACGAGCCCAACGAAGAUGCUACUUCGAGCUCUCGAGCCCAGGUGUAAGGCUUGAACAUUUUCGAAUGAUUCACGACAAUUAUGCAUUAUCACGAUCUUGAUGUCUUUCUUUUUGGUCCAGUGUCGAAUGAUUGGUUUUUGGCCUUUCGCAUAUCGACAUUCUGCAUUCCCAUUGGUGUAUCUUUAGGUUUUCCCCGGAAGUGGCAGUAAGCGCGUCUUAUCCAUGAUAUCCAAUACAACUGAG